AUGGCAGCUCAAGUUGCCAGCUCCCAGUUCCCUUCCAUGCCUUCAGGGAGCGCCAACAAAGCAGCACAGGUCGCGGCAGCCACGGGCCUCGUCCACGAGAACGGCCCCGCGCCCAGCAGAGGCACUGAGCCCGAGCCUCUCCCGGCGACACAGAAGUUCAAGCCAGAUGAUUUCGAGCUUGUUCGGACUUUGGGAACCGGCACAUUCGCCCGCGUCUGUCUUGUCCGCCGCGCUACGUCGUCAUCGACAGACAAGGGCAGCGAUAGCGAGCAUUAUGCACUCAAGAUCCUACGGAAAACUGAGAUUAUCAAGCUCAAGCAAAUUGAUCACGUUCGGCAUGAAAGAGCCAUUCUUGCGGAAGUGGCAGGGCAUCCUUUCAUAACAAGGCUGAGUGCCUCUUUCUCUGACCAGGACUCGCUCUAUAUGCUCCUCGACUAUGUUCCGGGCGGUGAGUUGUUCAGCUAUCUGCGCAAGCUUCGUCGCUUUGACGAACCAACUUCUCGAUUCUAUAUCGCUGAGAUCGUGCUGGUACUCGAGUAUCUUCACGAAGCGCAGGGCGGCGUGGCAUAUCGCGACCUAAAGCCCGAGAAUCUCCUGCUUGAUGCAGAGGGCCACAUCAAACUGGUGGAUUUCGGAUUCGCGAAACGACUUGGCCACUCUGCAGACAAACCAGUCGAGACCUACACACUCUGUGGAACACCAGAGUAUCUUGCGCCCGAAGUCAUCCAGAACAAGGGUCAUACUGCCGCAGUGGAUUGGUGGGCAUUGGGCAUUCUACUCUACGAGUUUCUGACGGGCUACCCGCCGUUCUGGCACCAGAACCCCAUGGAGAUUUACAAGCAGAUCGUGGAGAAACCAAUCUUCUUCCCCGUAGAGCCCCGCAUAUCCGAUGAGGCCCAAGACAUCAUCCGAUCGUUCUGCACCGUCGACCGUUCAAGGCGGUUGGGCAACAUUAGCGGCGGUGCUCAACGCGUCAAGGACCAUCCAUUCUUCAAAAAUGUGAAUUGGGAAGACGUUUACAAUCGAAAAAUCAAGGGUCCGAUUGUACCGCCUGUGCGGUAUUCCGGGGAUGCGCAAUGCUUCGACAACUACGCCGAAGACGAUGGCAAGCGGGCAGAGUACACGGCAGAAAUGGCGCAAAAAUACGACGACUAUUUCAAGGAUUUUUGA